CUGUCACCUAGGUAACGCGAGUUAACCUUCGUUAACUGUCGUAAAGUCACGCAAAUCUCACACAGCUAAAAAGGAGCGUGGAAAUCUGCUGCAGCAACAGCUAAUACAUAAACAAUAUUUACUGAUUUUCCUGUCUGCUUGCCUGACUUGGUAAACUACGUUCGGACAAGCUGUGACAUACUUGAAGACCGCGGCACCGGAGACCAGAGAGGAUGUUUAAAAAAUUUGAUGAGAAGGAAAAUGUGUCAAACUGCAUCCAGCUGAAAACAUCGGUGAUCAAAGGCAUCAGAAAUCAGCUGCUGGAACAGUUCCCCGACAUCGAGCCAUGGCUCAAUCAAAUAAUGCCAAAAAAGGACCCAGUUAAAAUAGUGAGAUGCCAUGAACACAUUGAAAUCCUGACAGUGAACGGAGAACUGCUUUUCUUCAGACAGAGGGAAGGACCUUUCUAUCCAACCCUCAGGCUGCUCCAUAAAUAUCCUUUUAUUCUUCCACACCAGCAAGUGGACAAAGGGGCCAUAAAGUUUGUGUUGAGUGGAGCGAAUAUCAUGUGUCCCGGACUCACCUCACCUGGUGCCAAACUCUACCCUGCCGCUGCCGACACAGUAGUUGCGAUCAUGGCAGAGGGGAAGCAACAUGCGCUCUGUGUUGGUGUAAUGAAGAUGUCGGCUGAAAACAUAGAAAAAGUCAACAAGGGAAUCGGAAUCGAGAACGUUCACUAUCUGAACGACGGUUUGUGGCACAUGAAGACGUACAAAUGAUGACGCCACCCAAACCGAGCGACAGCAACUAAACUGUUUCCACCUUCACACUUCGCUUUGUAACCUGCUGGAGGCUGCAAAUCCGCCAUCAUGAUGCACAAAUAAAUAAAAGAUCCUGGUUCAAACCAGU